GCCAUGGAGACAGGCUUCUUCCCCGGCAACCACUGGCUUUUCUUCUCCGUGUACCUGCUGGUCUUCCUCGUGGGGUUCCCCCUCAACCUGAUGGCGCUGGUGGUCUUCGUGGGCAAGCUGCGCCGCCGCCCGGUGGCCGUGGACCUACUCUUGCUGAACCUGACCCUUUCGGACCUGCUGCUGCUCCUCUUCCUGCCCUUCCGCAUGGUGGAGGCGGCCUGCGGAAUGAGGUGGCUCCUGCCCUUCAUCCUCUGCCCCUUCUCCGGGUUCCUUUUCUUCACCACCAUCUACCUCACCUCCCUCUUCCUGAUGGCCGUGAGCAUCGAACGCUUUCUGAGCGUGGCCUACCCAUUGUGGUACAAGACGAGGCCGCGGGUGGCCCAGGCCGGUCUGGUCAGUGGCAUCUGCUGGUUCCUGGCGUCAGCUCACUGCAGCGUGAUCUAUGUCACCGAAUACUGGGGGAACGCCACCUACAGCCAGGGGACCAACGGGACGUGCUACCUGGAGUUCCGGGAGGACCAGCUGGCCGUCCUCCUGCCUGUGCGCCUGGAGAUGGCCGUGGUCCUCUUCAUGGUGCCCCUGUGCAUCACGAGCUACUGCUACGGCCGCCUGGUGUGGAUUCUCAGCCGGGGCGCCAGCCGGCGCAGGCGCAGAAGGGUGAUGGGCCUCCUGGCGGCCACGCUGCUCAUCUUCUUCGUGUGCUUCGGGCCCUACAACAUGUCCCACGUGGUGGGCUACGUCCGGGGGGAGAGCCCGGCCUGGCGGGGCUACGUGCUCCUCUUCAGCACCCUUAACUCGUGCAUCGACCCGCUCGUCUUCUACUUCUCAUCCUCCAAGUUCCAAGCCGACUUCCAGCAGCUCCUGGGGCGGCUGGCCAGGGGCUGCGCGCCCCGGACUCAGGAGGUCAGCCUGGAACUGAAGGCCAAGAACGGAGACGUGCCGUCCAAGGAGUGUCCGAGCUAGGGGAGGGGGUAGGGGGCGGAGGAGCGGGCCUGGGGACCCGUCGGCCCGGCGCCUCGUGUCCGCGGGGCAUUCCCUAGCCCAGACAGACAGACCGCAGCGAGCUGGGCCGCUGUCCGUCCGCUUCCUCGGGACCCUCCACGUCGCCCGCCUUCCCACCCUCGCCUUCGCUUUGGGUUCCGCUCUGGGAAGCUGUGGUGGCGAGAGAAGGAAGAAGAGCCG